AUUCUUCUUCUUUAUUCCUUCUGGUGAUUUGGAUUUUGCAGUUGGCCUGGCAUAUUCCAUUAUAGUCCACAAAAUGCCCUGUGUCCCUAGUUGAGAAUCUACCGUGCUAGAAUGGAGAACAAGGGUCAUUUUAGCUCCUUUUGGGAGUCUCUGGGCAAUCCGAGAUACGUUGUAGCCCCAAUGGUUGACCAGAGUGAACUUCCAUUCAGGCUCUUGUGCAGGAGAUAUUCGGCUCAUUUGACCUAUACGCCAAUGCUACACGCCAGGAUUUUUUCGGAGAAUGAAAAGUAUCGCAAGACUCAUUUCCAAACGUCGGAGGAUGAUCGUCCGCUUAUCGCUCAAUUUUGCGGCAACGACCCUCAAACUCUGGUAAAUGCCGCUCGUAUCAUAAAGGACGAUGUGUCUGCCAUUGACAUUAACUGUGGCUGUCCUCAGGGGAUUGCGAGAAAGGGUAAAUACGGAGCGUAUCUGUUGGACUUUCCAAACGUCAUUACGAGCAUUGUCCAAACAGUAACUGCCCAGGUGGACAUUAAUGUGACAUGCAAGAUCCGCCUGGUUGAGAAAGAGUCUCUUCAAUCCACACUAAACUUGUGCUACGCGCUCGAGGCGAGUGGAUGCAAAGCUCUUACGGUCCACGGAAGAGACAAGACUGAAAAGGGAGUCAACAUCUCAGAUUGUAACUGGGAGGCUAUAAAGAUCAUAAAGUCCAGAGUUGGCAUCCCAGGUAACGCUCCUUCCAUCCUUAAAAUGUCCGUAGUGAUCGCAAAUGGAGGAAUAGAAUCGUUGGAUGAUGUAAAGCGCUGCUUAGAAUACACCGGAGCUGACGCGGUGAUGUCAUCAGAGGCGAUUUUGGAGAAGCCGUAUCUAUUUACUGGAAGGGAGUACAACAAUCUGAGCAUCUUUAAGGAGUACCUGUCCAUCCUAAAAGGGUGCCCGGAGCAGAGGUUGAGUUCAGUAAAAUCGCACGCCUUCAAGAUGCUGCACAAGUACCUCCAAGUCCACCACGAAACCAGAGAAGUCAUUGGUCGUGCUGGAAGCAUAGAAGCCUUUGAUGGCAUCGUACAAGAUCUGGAGCGAGUAGUGGCUGAGGACUCGACUUACUCAGGCUCGUGGUACAGAAGACAUCGCAAGCAGGUAACUGAGCCUCUGCUGGAAGAAUCAGCUCCGGCCUCAUGA